UUAUCAAUCGCCUGUAUAUCGGAGACUGUAUUCAUCAUCAUGUGCAAUGUCACCACCGUGAUCUUAACCGAACAACCUACAAAUAUCUAAGGCAACAGUUUACACACCUGAAUCGAUCGCAUACGAUACGAUCAUCUUCUAUAGCGUGAUCUCCGAUCGAAAAACUCAUGAAGCAUGCUGCAAAAUUAGAUGAUCUUAUUGCUGAAAGUCUAUAUCCAUUAACAACAUCUGCUAAUGAUUACGAUGGAACGAGUGAACGAGUCGUGAAUAAAUUUGGGGGCUUAAGUACAAAUAACGGUUUAACAAUUGUAGAUAAGCACAUUGAUGUUCAUGAAGACGAAGGAUAUAUCAUCAUUCCAUACAAAGAGCUUCCCGAUAGAUGGAACGUAGAAUCUGAUAUGCUACAAUUUAAAACGUUGGACCGCCCCUUUGUUUUUCCAGGUGAACAAAUUCAAAUUAUAGCGUGCUUAUCAGCAUGCAAGCAAGAAGAAUACAGAAGACAGACAGAGGAGUUGGUAAAACGAUUUAAAAAUUCCCAUUUUUUUACUCGAAUUGCUGAGUCAGAUGAAACUCUUUGGUCAAGAAGGAAAAUCCAUGAAACAAAUGGAGGAAAAUUUAUUCCGGUCGAAUAUUGUAAUGAUUAUGAGGCGGUUGAAAGAGGAAUUCUUGAUGCUAGUACCUCAGGUGGAAUUGCGAAAAAUGAUGUCAAAUGUAGCCAACUAGCUAAUGGAGACAUAGUGGUAGUCUUACAAGUAAAUAUUUGUGUAGACUUCUUAAAAAAUCCAAUCUUGGAAAUUCUCCAGUUUGAAAAAUACGAAAACGCGGGUCAAUCAGAACACGACCCAUAUGGUGAACUCUUAAACUGGAUGCUUCCCGUACACAAUUAUCGAUUUUUAUCUCCUCAAGAAACUGGCCGCAGUUCAAGCGCCCGUAACUCAUUAACAAAACCGAAACCAAAUUCAUUCGGUUCUCAGAACCUUUUAUUAGGUCAAGUUAGAAGCCAUUCCAUGCCAUCGUUUCCGUCAACCAAUGCACACGCACACGCUUCUAUGUUUUCAAGCGAUGAAGGACUUUUAUCGUUCCGAGGGGUACCCCUGGAGCCCGGACGAUUUUCAGUUUGUUGCGGGCUCGAAGGAAUUUACGUUCCGGGUCGACGAUGGAGAAGAAAAAUUGAAAUUAUACAGCCGUUAAAGAUUUGCUGUUUUGCUGCUGAUUGCAAUACACAAGAUCUUCUUUGUGUUCAAAUAAAGAAUGUUUCUCCACAACAUGCUCCCGAUAUCGUUAUAUACUUGGAUUCCAUAACACUUGUAUUCGAGGAAGCUUCAAAGGGUGGGGCCCCUACGUAUUUACCAAUUGCAUGUGUUGAAACCGGAAAUGGCCAUGGUUUGCUCAAUUUACCCCUCAGGAAAGAUGAGGAACACUCGUUCGUUUUAAAACCAGCAGCACCACUUUGGAGUUCUAAUGUAGGAAGUGCAGGAUCAAGUGUGCGCAUCUUCACCAAUGUGUACCGUGGGGUCUCGCCUACUGUUGAAUAUGCGGUUCUUGUAUCAUGUCGAUGCAACUAUACUGAAUCUAGGUUGUUAUUCAAGCAGCCGACAAAUUGGCGACCACGUAUUCAAAAGAAUAUAUUAAUCUCUGUUGCAUCUCACAUGUCAAAAAGACCUCUCGGGCCAGAUGACAAAUUCUCUAACUUACCCGUUCAGGUUUUAACACUCGAGGCAUCAAAUAUGACAAACAACGAUUUAACACUAACAUUACUUGCCCCGUCUUUACUUAAUUCUCCUUCUGUGGGGUCCGUAACCUUUUCACCACCGUCACCAAUGAGCCCAGUCGAUAACAAUUUGCAAAAUUCUGCAUUGCAUAGACUCCGUUCAGCUUCUAAGGUACUAGAUCAGAGAUCUGGCGAUGGUGAUGAUCAUGAUCAUAGCCGUACACCUGGCACUUUGAAUGAGAAAACAAUUCCCAUAUCGGAUGUUCUUCCUAGAAGUAACCUGGGCGGUACACAUAUGUGGUUGAAGAGUAGAGUUCCUCUUGGGUGUGUUCCUUCACGAUCCAGAGUUACGGUCAAGCUUGAGCUACUUCCACUGACUGAUGGCGUAAUUACACUAGAUUCUUUACAGAUUAACGUUGAAAAAGGUUUAUCUUAUAUCCCUGAGAACCCGCUAAAGAUAUGCAACUUCUAGCAUACGUAUCAGUGCUAGCAUCUAAUGUGUGCACACUUAAGCUGCGAAAUGAGGGUUUUAAUAUAUCGUUACACCCUGUUUACAAGUUUGUUUGCAUGGGAUUGAUAUGUGGUUUUAGUAGCUAGAGAAUGCAUAUCUAUGUUUUAUGUGUCUAAAGAAAUAUGAUUUUCCAACCAGUUGUUUGUGGUUA